AUGGCAAUGCCUCCUCCAUUAAAGCGUGCUUCGAUUCCAGGACCAAUCAGGAGGAGUUUGUCCUCUUCUCUGUCAUUUGUUUCACAUGAACUAGUCUCAAAAGCUCACCGUGGAAUUGGCUUUAUCACCUUUGCUACUGCAGGUUCUGUGGAGAAUCUGAUGGCUGAUACUCAUGAACUAGGGGGUGAUACCGUAGUAGUUGAUCAAGCAACACCCAAGGAAGAUGAUUUAAAACCUACAGGCAGAAUGUCCCAGGGGGGCUAUGGUGCGUACGAUGCUUACAUUUCUGCUGGGACUAGAUAUGCUGCAGUUGGUGUUCCUACCUUGUAUGACCAUCCUGGCCCAAUAAUGAAAGUAAGAGGGGAAUCCAGUCGAGGGAUGGGAAAAAAGAUAUUUGUUGGCAGGCUCCCUCAGGAUGCUACUGUUGAUGAUCUGCGCCAGUAUUUUGGUAGAUUUGGUCAAAUAGUAGAUGUUUAUAUUCAUAAGGACCCCAAGAGAUCUGGCCACAGAGGUUUUGGUUUUGUGACUUUUGCUGACGAAGGAGUUGCAGAAGUGUCUCGUAGGUCUCACGAGAUUUGUGGACAACAGGUGGCAAUAGAUUCAGCAACACCUGUUGAUGACGUUGGCCCUAGUUUCGUGAUGAAUCCUGUUGGACCAUUUAGAGGUUUUGGUGGUCCGAUGCGCCACUUUGGUAGGAUGUAUGGAGGCCUGCAUUAUGACGAUGCGAGUAUAAUCACACACAUAUAUUGGAAACAACUUAAACAAUGA